GAGAAAUUGAAUAUUUUUAAACGAGAGUGGUGACAUUUCCAACCUGAACAGGGAAAAAAAAAGGUAAAAAAUAAAAAUAAAAAGAAAAGAACUAUCCUUGUUUUAUCCUCUCUCAUGGUUUCUCCUCCAUGUAAAAGACUGAAAUCCAACACCAUCUCCAAGGUUACAGCGAGCACCUGCUAAAGGGCUCUUUGUUACAGGAAUACUGGAUCCAGUUUCUCUGUUUGAAUUAAAAACAUGGCUGGAAUGGACAGAACAGAAGCCAAAAAUUGAGGCGGAAUCGGGUCAGUUAAAGCAGCUGUUAGCAUGUAUGGCGAAAGGUUUCAUGGUGAAAAACCAGAGAAGAAUAAAACCCAGAUGGCUUUCUCAGAGAAGCCACCUUCGAAGGCAAGAGAACUCCAUCUCACAAAAAGAGACAUUGGUCGACUCAACGACACCCGGAAAUUUUCAGAGAAUGUAAGAGCUCAAGCAGAAACGGAACUCACCAAUGCUGGACAUACAGUGAAAGAUCUAAGUCAACAAAUCGAGGAAUCGAAUGCAAAAGCAAGAGCACGGAGGAAGGAGCUUCGAGGACUAAAGAAACGUGAGAAACAUGAAGAUGAAUCGGCUUUUUCUGUUGGGGAAACAAGCAAAAUUCAGUACAUGGAAGUGAUGAGGGAACUGGAAGCUGUAAAACAGGAGUUGAGUAAGCUGAAGCUGGACAUAGCUUCCGUUAAAGAAGCAAAAACUCAAGCUGAGAAGCUAACCGAAAUGUCCAUUUCUAGAGCAAGGUCAUACUCAAGCUCUAUGGAAGCAAUCAAGAAAGAGAUCGAGGAAGCGAAUGAAGAGGAAGUACUGGUGGAACUGGCUAGAAUGGAAGCAGUUAAAGAGUAUGCAGCCAUCGAAUCUCAAAGAGAGGCCGAAGCAGCUCGAUUUUCAGCAAAAAUGGAGGAAACCCUAAAGAGGGUUAAGGAUCUUAUUCAAGAAAUCAACCAUUCGAAAGAGCUCGAAGUGAAGCUUGAAGCCACGACUUCAGAUGCUGAUGUCUUGCAAAAUGAACUGAAAUUAGUCAAGGCUAUGGAACGAAAUGCUGAAAAGAAGAAGUGGGAUUCUCUGGAUUCGGUAGAUGAGAUUUCUAUGAGAAGGGAAGAGGAAUUGCUUGAGUCCACCACCGCUGAAUUGAAUGAAGCCAAAAAGGAAUUGGCAUCUAUUAGAGAAGAAGGAUUUCAGUUCAUGGCUUCAAUGGAUAUAAUCCGAAACGAGCUGAAGCACGUCACGGAGGAAACGACCCACUUGAAGAAAUUAGAGGAGAAAACAGACUCCACAGUUCACCAUCUCAAUUCCAGGCUCCUCAGAGCAAAAUCCAAAUUGGAAUCCAUGACUGUCGCUGAAGAAAAGGCGAGGUUGAUUGUGACCAAUCUAUCAGCCACGCUCCAACAGCUACAAACUGAAAUGGAAGCAGGAAAGAAAGAGCGAGAGCUGAUCGACGGAGAGACCACGAAGAUCAAACUAGAAAUUCAAAAGACGGAGUCAAACAUUGAGUUACAGGAGGAGAGAUUGCAAGCUGCAACGCAGGAGCUUGAAGUGGUCAAAGCAUCUGAAGCAGCAGCUCUCGAGAACUUGAGGGCACUCACUGAGAAAACGAUGCGGGCCCGAGCUUCAUUGUCCCAACAUAGCUCAUCUAUAACCAUCUCCAAUUUCGAAAAUGAGUACUUGACUCGGCGGGCUGAGGGCGCCGAAGAGAUCGCUGAUAAGAAGGUGGCAGCGGCUCAGGCCUGGAUCGAAGCAUUGAAGGCCGGUGAAAAGGAGAUACUGAUGAAAACUGAGAUGGCCCACCGGGAGAUUAGAGAACUGAGGGUGGUGGAAGAGCAAGAGAUGCACAAAACCGAGAAAGCAUUGACAGCGAAGAGAGCAGUUGAGGGCGAGCUGCAUAAUUGGAGACAACACGAGAAGCAGGCCAACGACGAAAACUUGCAGCCAAUCGAGGCCACAUUUCCUAGAAAGUCCAUGAAAGAUAACAGCAUCCCCGCGACGCCUAGAAGGGCCAAGGUAAGGAGGCCAGCUUCACCUGGAGGUAGAAAUACCCCAAGAUCGAGCUUGAUCACACUUAGGAAGAAGAGGACAGUAAUGCCGAAUUUAGUUAAGUUUUUUCGACGUAAAAGAAACGGAAAACAUCCAUAGGAUUCCAUGAAGAUUGUCGCAGAAUUCUACAUGAGUUUGAAGGGAAUAGCUUAAUUUUCUAUUCAAAUUGAUAAUAUCGAUUUUUUUAAAGUUCUUGUUUCAAAUCAAAUGUGAACAUUGCUGCAGUCCAUAACAGUGCCAAAUUCUGUUUAUAAGAGAAUUUGGUUUGAAGGAGUAUUCUUAUUAGCAUAGAUUGUCAUAGUCUACUCUUAGUGAAACCAAAAUGCAGCUUUUAUGA